AUGCUAAGCGCUUUUUUGGCUUCAAGCCGACCGCUACUAUCGCGCCUUCGCCUUGCCCCAGCGCUGGUUCACCAUCAUCCUCACCGUCAUGGUCUCCAAUCCCUCACAGAGACGCCACAUCUCGCUCGGGGCAUGAAAGUGCGCUCUUCCGUCAAAACAAUGUGCGAAGGCUGCAGCAUCGUCCGCAGGAAGGGAAGGGUUUAUGUUAUUUGCUCGAAAAAUCCAAAACACAAGCAGCGACAAGGAUAA